ACUUAUAUUAUGACGGAACAAGAGAUGUAGAGAAGGAGGAGUAAUAAAUCCGCAAAUAUAUGACUCUGAAAUUUUCUAUGAACUUUGUUAUUCAUAUUUUUAUCAUUCUCUCUUCUUCGAUCUGUAUUUUUAUUUUCUGCUACAACAUCCAAGCAAAGAAAAAAAUAUCCCAUAUUUCAUAUAAUUUAAUAUUUUAUGAAUUAAAAAUCAGAAAAAUAUUUCUCUAUGUCCUUUUUAUUGCUCUCAAAGUAUUAAUUUGAGAUAUUAAUUAGGUUUUUUCCUUUGCAUUCUCGUAUAUUGUAAAAAAAUUGUUACAUAAAACAACAUGUAUUCGAGUCAAUUCGUAGUGAUAUUAGUAUGUGAUUAAUAUGCGAAGUGAAAACGUGACGUAGUUGGGGAAACAAGAUUAUUCACUUUCCGAAAAGAAUGUCACUACGAGAAGAAAUUACAUUUUUUAUAACGUUAACUCGCCCCUCAUGACCGCGUGAAACAAAACGACCUUGUACUUUAUAUACUUUAUAGCCGCACGACAGGACUUCAGGAUCUACGAGAGUUGUGGCUUUUAUAUCGGAUUAUCCAAACGACGUGUCCUGCACACAAAUCACAUUUGCGUAACCGUUGCUCAUGAAUGCCAUUUAGAUAAGCGAAUAACAGGUACAUACAUUGUUAAUUAAUCGGAUAAUUCUGCAUGAAAGAAAGAUAUUAUUAUACAAAUUGCAAAAUGUAAACGUAUUUUUAAAUUACGUGUAAAAUAAAAGAAAAUAUUGCCAGUAAUAAAGAAGAUUCAGAGAGAAAUGGCGCAAUUAGCAUAUCAAACAGAAUUUUAACUUUUAUAUCCCUUCGACUUAUCCGCAAAAAUAUCGUUAUGAGAUUCGCCUCGAGCUAUUGAUGCUGAAUAAAAAAUGAGAUAUAUCCUAUAUUAUAUACAGAAAUUAAGUUAUAUUUAAAUCAAUUUCUUUUUAAAAGAAAUUUACAUUUUAUACGAUAUAAAAAAGUUGACAGCGCAUUCAGUAUAUAGCUAAAGUCUUGUAUCAAUGACAUUCACCAGCGUUCCGCUUCUAUUGCUACCAAAAGAUAGCCCCAUUUCCGAACCACGUGACGCACAUCGGUCACGUCGAGUGACCUUUGGCAGCGGCCCGAUUCUGCAAAUGUGAGGAUUGGCUGGCAAGAGAGGAUCGGGCCGUAGGCGACGCGACGUAACACGUCGUUGAAACGUGGUCGUAAACGAGGGGAAAACGACGACGACGAUGGGAAAAAGGGUAAAAUCAAUACUAUGGUACCCGCGGGGACCGCGAACGGCGCUCGUCGCGACGACGAGGAGGAGGAGAUAUGCGUGUGCGUGUACAGCUGGAUCGCGAAGACCGGCGCGGCAUCUCUCCUCCAGGAUAUCUGGUCCACGUCGGGCUGCCCUUGUCAUCCCGAGCCACUUGUCGACCGGUCAACCGGUGUGCGUCCACCAUCAUGCCGUAUUAUAUUUUCCUCCUGUCGCUUUUGUUCGCUGUCGCUACAGAGGCGAACGUCUAUUUGCCCUCGAUCAAGGAGGAGAAUCUGUUGACCGACGCCCUUCUUCGAGAACUAAUCAAUCAGAUGGGAAAUGACCUCGCCAACGCAGCCGACACAUAUCUGGAAUAUCCGGAGAAAGUCAAGGAACUUCCCGUAGAGUUGCCGGCUGAUUACGAUGGCAUAGACACGCUGAAUCCGAAUCCGAGUAUACGGGAUCAGGAGUACCUACGACACAGCACGCUGUGGAGUCAUCAACGUAUUAAUAACAAUAAUAAUAAAGGCAAUGAUAGACACAGGAUUCAAUCGACCAGUCUGAAAGGGAUCAAGGACGAGAAGACGGAAAAUCCUUUACCGGCUUAUUGCACUCCUCCGAAUCCCUGUCCAGUUGGAUACACGACUGAGAAUAAUUGUCUCAUCAAUUUCGAGAACACUGCGGCUUUUAGUCGCGAUUAUCAGAGUGCACAGGAUUGCAUGUGCGACACGGAACACAUGUUAGAAUGCUCUAGCGAUACCGAAAAUAACAAUGGUCUAUCAAACGUGCAAAUUUCGAAUUCCGAUAUCGAUCAAAUCGUCGAACAAUUCCAGGUCGACAAAUUUCAGGAAGAGAACCCGUUUUUUCAAGGGGAGAAAUUACCGAUAGCUGCGAAGAAAGGUAUACACGUGGUUGAUUAAUCAGAAACUGUAAACAAACGAUCGCUCGAGGGGAAAAUGAAAACAUAUACCAUAAACUUUUUCAUUAAAGUUCAUAAAGUUUCGAAUGUAUACUGAAAGAAAUUGAAAAUCUAAAACCAAACUUUUAAUUUUGACAUAAAUAGUCAAACUCAUAAUAGUUGUAAACGAUUCACCUAUCAAAUAAUAAACAAAAUACACGCAUUUACGCAGCGUUAAAGCGUUAAACAUUGUGAAAUAUUGUACGUUUUCCAAAAGUCUGAUGAUGUACACGAACGAAAUUCUUAAAUGGACCAUGGCUCUUUAUCGGUUAACAUUAAAUUAUAUGUAUAUACAUAUAUAUACAGAUACAUUUUCUUCUCAUACAGCUGUUAACAUGUAUAGAAAUUUUAUCAGAUACAUAUAAUUAUAUAAACGUAUAUACAUUUUAACGUUAUAAAAUCUACAGUUUCAUACAAGUUUCAUUCAGUUUAGUGACAAUUUUUCGGCACAUAUUGAUAUUUUCAAUCCAUGAGAAUGCAUAAAAGUGUUUUGUGAGAUUUGCAAAGUUUGAAAAUACUUUGCAAUAUUUAUAAAACAUUUCCUAUAUUCAAUAGCGAUUGAAUACUCCAUUAAACUUUACAUAUCCAAAUAUUCAAAUUAUACAUGAAGGAAUUUUAUUAUUAUGUAAAUGUCAACAUAUAAAAUAAUCCUGGUAUAGUAAAAACUUUAUAAA